AUGGGCGCAAUUAAGGUCCCAGUCCCAGGGCCAGCACAUCUCAAGCGAUCGGCAGGACCCGACGAGUGGCUUGAGGCGGCAAAGAACUGCAAGUAUCUCUCAGAAUACCACAUGAAGCAGCUCUGCGAGAUCGUCAAGGAGUACAUGAUGGAAGAAUCAAACAUCCAGCCUGUGUCUACCCCGGUCACGAUCUGCGGCGAUAUCCAUGGGCAAUUCUACGAUUUACUCGAACUUUUCCGAGUUGCAGGAGGCAUGCCUAAUGAAUCGGCACCCGAAACACCUGUCACACCCGCAAACAUCAUUACUUCCGCAGACAUUGAACCACCUUCUACUAUUACAGACCCGAAACUGAAGAAGAAAUUGAAACUUGGAGGAAUAGAACAUCCUGGUACGCCAAGCGAGAAGAGCAGCGAGAUCAGCGAUGCUGAAGACGUCCCCUCAUCACAACACUCAGAGAUCGAAGACGAGCGAUCAGAGUCAGGGAAUGUCAUCUCACGCAAACAAAACGCAAAUUUCAUUUUCCUUGGAGACUAUGUCGAUCGUGGAUACUUCUCCCUCGAAACACUCACACUUCUACUAUGCCUCAAGGCAAAAUACCCCGACAAGAUUACGUUGGUCAGAGGAAAUCACGAGUCUCGCCAGAUCACCCAAGUGUACGGCUUCUAUGAAGAGUGUGUACAGAAAUACGGAAACACCUCAGUCUGGAAAGCCUGCUGUCAAGUCUUUGACUUUAUGACGCUAGGAGCCAUAGUAGAUGGCAAAGUCUUAUGUGUGCACGGCGGUCUCUCUCCAGAAAUUAGAACGCUCGAUCAGGUGCGAGUCGUUGCACGAGCACAAGAAAUCCCUCAUGAAGGCGCAUUCUGUGAUCUCGUAUGGUCAGACCCCGAAGACGUUGAAACCUGGGCAGUAUCGCCUCGAGGAGCCGGGUGGCUGUUUGGAGACCGAGUCAGUCAGGAAUUCUGCCAUGUCAACGGCCUCAACCUCAUUGCAAGAGCGCAUCAAUUAGUCAAUGAAGGCUACAAAUAUCAUUUCAAGAGUCAAGACGUGGUGACGGUAUGGAGUGCCCCGAAUUACUGCUACAGAUGUGGAAACCUGGCAUCGGUGUGCGACAUUGGCGAAGACAUGAAACCAUCAUUCAAGCUCUUUAGCGCCGUCAAGGAUGAGCUACGACAUGUUCCACCAUCAAGAGGUGGACGGAAUGAAUACUUCCUUUAG